UGCCGACGUGGCGGGGCGGAAGAGCCGCUGGCUGGCACGAAACGGAUCACCAUGUCUCAGACUGCCUCCUCUGACGCUGACCCCUCCACAGACCCCACCCCUCCACCUGUUCAGCCCCCCGACCCUGUCCCCAGCCUCGGUCAGGAUGUACCAGCAGCCGGUACACCCCCUGCAGAUCCACUGCAGCCUCUUUUCUCCCCUGAGAGUUUUGAUCAGUCCAAAGAGCAGCCGACCACAGAGAACACCACCACCACCUGUGAGACAUUAGAAGGUCAGGCUGACCAACCAGAGUCUCCUGCAGAGAGUCAGGUGACUGAAUGUGACCAACCAGUGAGCCUUGAGCCAGACACAGAGGCUGCAGAGGAAGAUGUGGAGACGUCACUCCUGGACAAAGAAAAAGGUUGGGGAGCUUGGAGUUCAUGGGGAAAAUCUCUUCUAACCACUGCCACCUCCACAGUGGGUCAUAGCCUGACCUCAGUAAAGGUGAAGGCAGGAGAGGCGCUUCGUCUCCACAGAACCUCAGUUGGAGAGGAGGCACAGGAAGAGGAGGAGGGAGCAGAGGAGAAGAAAGAAAGAGGAGUUGAAAGCAGGGAGGUUGACCUGUCCAACUCCGGGGAGUCGUCUUCUCCUACUGCAGCCACAGCUUCUAGCAGGGGCGUUUUCUCUACAAUCACACAUGCCGUACAAAACACUGGUAAGUCAGUGAUCAGUGGAGGUUUGGAUGCCUUGGAGUUCAUUGGAAAGAAGACCAUGACUGUUCUUGCAGAGAGUGACCCGGGUUUUAAAAAGACCAAAACUCUGAUGCAGAAGACCGCAUCACUUAGUCAGAUGUUGAAGGAAGCCAAGGAGAAGGAGCGGGCCCGUCUGAGUAACCAGCCUAUCAGUGCUCCCACAGCUCACUAUGGUAUUCUUUUUGAUGACUACCAGGGCUUGUCACACCUGGAGGCCCUGGAGAUUCUGUCCAAUGAGAGUGAAGCAAAGGUUCAAGCCUUCCUCUCCUCCCUGACCGAAGAGGAGCAGGAGGAGGUGAAGAAGGAGCUGAUUUACAUCAAGGAGAUUUUCAUCAAGCAAGAGGAGGAUGUGGAGACAGAAGGAGGAGGACAGACGAAGGAUAACGCCGCUGACGGCGAGGAGUUUGUGAGUGUUCUCACCGAGCUGCUCUUUGAACUUCAUGUUGCCGCCACGCCGGACAAACUCAACAAGGCUCGAAUGAGGGCCCAUGAUUGGGUGAGUAAGGUGGAACAACCUGUCACUACAGAGACAGUUGGCAGGGAAACGCAGGACCAGCCAGGAGGAGAGGAGAACAAAAAGGAAGAGAAGAAGAAAGACGGAGAAGAGCUGGGGGAGAAGAAGGGCGAGGAGGAGGAGAUGAAGGGAGGAGAAGAGGCAAAGGAGAGCGACCCCAGAUCUGUAGAGGCCAUUUACCUGUCAUCGGUCAGCAGUCUGGCAGAAGUGACGGCUCGCAGCAUCGAGCAGCUCCACAAGGUGGCGGAGCUCAUCCUCCACGGCCAGGAGCAAGAGAAACCAGCCAGAGACCAGGCACACGUCCUCACCAGGUUGACAUGUGCCAUGUGUAAGGAGGUGGAGUGUUUGGCCAAGAAGUUCUCUGAUACGCUGCUUGAUGUUGGGGGCCAGAGGAAAGCAGAAGAGCUGAACCCACUGUUAGAGAGUGUGCUGCUAGAGGGCUCCAACAGCACCAACUACAUCCAGAAUGCAUUUCAGCUGCUGCUGCCCAUCCUGCAGAUCUCCCACAUCCAGAGCCAACACUGCCGACCCGCCACAGAGGCCGCAGCACAGAUUCAGCAUUAACACUGCCUGUGCAACUGCCUGCCAGUGUGUCUAUUGUUGUACAGUAAAGUAUAGAGAAUAGAGUUACCAGAACAAGUGCUUUAAUCUACACUAAGUGCCAAAUAGUAACAGAACACGGAGAAUAUCAUCAGGAAGAUACCAGUUUAACUGACACACGUAGUGGUAGCUCGCAUACGCUUUGUUUGUGUGUUUGUGCCGCGUUGUGUCUCUGAAUGUUACUUUGCCUGUUUUGCCGUUGAUGUUUUGCUUUAAGAAACCAAAAUGACGUCCACGCCUCAAAACCAAAAACCAGAAUAUUACUGAUUGUACUGAUCAAACUCUACAUUAUUGUAUAUUGAGCUUUCUUUGCACAAUGGAAAAAAACAUUGAUUAACACUAGUAGAGUGUCUGUUGUGUUGACUGUUUAAUUGCAGGUUAAGAUAAAAUACCAGCGUCACUGAUUAUAUAUAGUAAUAUCAUACUUAUUUUGUUUUCUGUGUUAAAUUAUAUGAAACAACACUACCUUAUAUUUUAUUUCCAUCUUUUGUUGUGAACAUUACUAAUGUGAUGUCGGUUAAUUAAUUUCUAUUUACGUCUUGUUGUUGGACUGAAUUAGAUGAGCGAUACCACUCUCUACACUAAAAGUGAAACCACAGCCUUUUGAAGGGAAUCGGCUAGUUUGGCUGCACCAAAACCAAACAGCGUGAAAUACAGCAGCGAAAUAACAAUAAAACAUUUAAUUACCCCAGUAAAACAAAAACUGUCUGUUUUGGGGGGUUUUAUUAAUUCAAACCUGCAAUAACUGAUUUUAGAGACAUUUUUUGUGGAAGCAAAUAGUGAACACUUGUGUUAUGUAUCACCUUUUAAACACUAUCAUUCUCUCUUUAAACUCUGAUUUUGGCUUUUGCUAAAUCCUAAAGGGGACAUCGAGCUCUUUAGCCGGAAUUACUCCAUCAUGUGCGUCUGUUUGUUGCUAAACAAUGAGCUAACUCGUUGUUCACUCACUUUAAAGGUUAUUGAAACACGAUAGGUAGAUGUGGAUUGUAUAACUCGCACACAGCUAUCUUUGCUGAAACUGAGUGUAACUUCUGAUUCUUUGGUUAUAAAUAUGCAUUAAAACUGCCUCACUCUGCAAAACUGUUGGUAUAAGGGUCAAUUUAUCUCAAAUCAUUGUGGGCCAUCUGCUCGACCAGCUCCAGUCUGAAUACAAAUUUAAAGAUACAACAUUGUGCGAUAUUAAUUUGUAUGUACAAGAAAAAAUCAGUAUUUGUUGCAUUUUUGUAUAUUUCAAAAUUAAACAUCAUUAUUAGACUCAUCCAGUGGGUCUUGAAAAUAGCAAAUAUGCAUAUACUUUACAAGAUCAUUUUCUCAGUUAUAAUAAGACUUACACCUGGAAGCUCCUGAAAUUUGUUCUUUCAGAUUAAAUAAUGAGCUGAUGUCUCUGGUGUGCAACUUGUUGUGUUUGCUCAAUCCAGCACAAAAGUUGAAUAAAAAUUGCAGUUUCUUUAUUUUUCUGACCAAGAAUUUGAUGUUAAAAAGUAUUCCACAUGCAUUUUCAACUAUAUGCAUUCAGAAAUUUGUCACUAAUUGUCUUGUGAAGUUUUUUUUUAUUGUGGCCUUAAUUUUAACCACCCAGACAUUUUUAAGCAUUGUUUCCAAAUUACAGACCCUGAUUCUAUCUUAUGGAGAAAGAAAGAUCAGAGAAAAUUUUAGGCUUUUAUCUUGAAUAUUUUUUGAGAUAUUCAUGUUCAAACAUUGCCUCAGAAAAGAAAAACAAAACAUGUCCAAAAAAGUAUUUGAUACAUGAGGCUGAAACUUCACAGCUAGAUUAUAGUCAUCCAAGUUUUAAACCAUUAGAUUUUCAAGCAAUACACAGGUGGUUGAGCAGAAAAUGAUCUAAAAAUGUGAUGAGCGAUAUGAGAUGGAAUGACCCAUAAGUUAAAAUAUUUUUCAUGUCUCUUGAUAGGUGGAAAUUGUUACUCCAUAAAAGUAAAAGAGUAGCGAUUGGGUUUAAUAAUUCUGAAAAUGUGCUGCAAAUACAGAUGUUUUCCAGAUGGUUGAGUACGACUGACUGCAAAAAGAGCAGAUUCACAGUAAGACGUGAGCCUUGCAGGUGCUGCUAUCUGGAGUUUGUUACUUCCUGGCAGAGCAAGCCUGGCUCCUUUAAUGUUUUUAUGGUGAAAUAAAACCAGGUGGU